GCAUUCGAAGCGCAAUCAGAAAAGGGGAGAAGAGAAAGACCCCAACAACACAACACACAAUCAGCGAACAGAAGCGAAUGGAAAACGAAACAGAGAAAAUAGAAGUCGAGUUUCGAGUGUCGUCCGCCAUAAAAAAAAUUGCCAGCGCAAACAUGGCUGCUUUUGGUGCCGUUCCGUUGUCGUAGAUUCCGAUUUGGGUUGUUGCCGUCGUGUCCGUUGUCGUUUAUUGUGUGCCGUUUCGUUUGUCGCCACCUUCGAUGCAAAUCGUCGCGAAAAAGUGAACGCGUCGUCCGUCGUCGGUGUGUUUUGAUCCAAGUAGUCGUGCGUGACACGCGGGUGUACAAUUGCGACCCCAUUUCCGAUACUGGUUCCGUGCAAAAGCUUGCACGGCCCUCGAAUCGUGACCAUAGGAAAGUGUUGCUGGGGACCCCUGGGGGCGGGCUUCAAGUUAGUGGCCAAGACGGCAUAGCAUCGUAACAUAAAGACGGUGGUUAUGUGAAUUUCCUUACCUCUCAGCAGCAGCCAGUCAGUGCAGCGAUGCAGAAAACAAUGGGAGAGGGCGGGCAGUGACCUGUGAGCAAGUGCAUCUACGAAUUUCGGUGGGGUUUUCUUUCGGUGCUGGAUGACUGGGCUAGUGAAAACAAGCUGCCAGGCUGUUUUGUGUGAACGUCGUCAGUGAGUUUCUAGUGCCCCCCUCGGAGGAUAUCCCGGAAAAUCAAGAAUCCAAACGUGAAAAGUGUAGUGAUUGGGAAUGCGAUGAAAUGAAUACAGAAAUCCGCUAAAAAGUGAUGAAAAACUGUCCCCGGACAGAAACAGUGAGUGAAGAAAAGUCGGGAAAAUAUCAAAGAUCAGCGCACACACACGGUCCGCUGCCACCAUCAUCACCAGCGAGUUCGCGUGCUGAUUGGCAUUGAGAAGUGAGCGAAUCUAAACGACAACGAGAGAGCCAGUCAAGCGAGCGAGUGAGGGUGUGUGAAAAUUUCUGGUUGUGAACCUCUUUUCCAACCACGGGCCCCAAAGCUGCGCACACGGUGUGCGGUGGAACGAGGAGCAGCAAACGCCGGAGAAAGAGCAUCGAAGGCUGCCAACUAACAACAGCUGAUUUGGUACGCCGCCCGAUUCCUGGACCAAGGAGAUGAUUUCCCGAAGGUGGUUUCACCCAUCGGUAUCGGGUGUCGAGGCGGAAACGCUACUGCUGGAGCGAGGAUUCGAUGGAUCGUUCCUGGCGCGGUUAUCGUCAUCGGGUCCGGGUGCCUCCACACUGUCCGUCCGCCGAGGCAAAGAGGUGACCCACAUCAAGAUCCAGAACAAUGGCGACUUUUUCGACCUGUACGGAGGUGAAAAGUUUGCCACCCUGUCGGAGUUGGUUCAGUAUUAUAUGGAAAACGGAGGCCAGCUGAAGGAGAAGAACGGACAAAUCAUCGAGCUCAAACAACCGCUGAUUUGCGCUCAACCAACGACUGAAAGGUAAGUUGCGCACACAACAACGUAAUUUUCUGGAAUUACUUCGACGUAGUGGAGGCUACAAUGCAUGCUGCGGUAAGGCGCCCAAGAUGAUUAUAUGCCGACGGAGUCAUAAACCGAUGCACGCAAAUGUGGUUUGAGUUAUUAGAUUCAGGUUUUGCGGCUCGUUUGAAUAAGGCUGAGGAAAACAUUUCGUUCUAUUGGUGUAUGCCCGAGUAAAAGAUGAUUUUCUA